CGCUAGAAUUUUGUAUUUUGCGUUGUCUGGCUGGAAGAUACACGUGGCGGUGUCAGAACCAUGGAUACUUUUUUGCAAAACAUUAAAUGUGUGUUCAAACUACCCAUUUCAUUAUUCUUCGUCCAUAUCUGGUCCUUCAAAGAAUUUUCAAUUGCUAGGGCUUUGUUUCAGAGAACGCACAUUCGAUUGGGUUCGACAUCUUCAUGGGUUUCAAAAUUGCCUAAAGGCCUAACAAUUGAAGUGAGAAAUUACAGAAUCAGGUUCUUAUCAUCUGAAUCAUUGAGGGAAGUCAGGGACUUACAUCUCACCCAUCUGUAUACUGAUAAGAGUGACAGCUUCAACUUUGGUGUUAUAUUGGGUGUUCUGUUAACCGGUAGAGACCCAAUGGAUCCAUUCUUUGAGGGAGCAGUCACUGGGGGAAGUUUGGGACGGUGGCUUCAGCAUCUGCAACAAGAAGGGGAGGCCUGAGAAGCAUUAGAUAGAAGUAUCUUUGGGGAAGAAGUAGAAGAAGAUGAGAUGCUGAUGGCAGUGAGAAUUGCUGUUGCAUGCCUAUCUGAUUUGCCUGCGGAUCGACCAUCCAGCGAUGAACUUGUUUCAAUGCUCACCCAACUGCAUAGUUUCUGAAAAAAUGUUCUCUGAUUUGUCAUGAUGAAAUGGUAGAAAAAUCUUUACAAGCUGCUCUAAGUUUUGAUGGCGCCAUUCUAAGGAAAAAAGAAGUGCAGAUAAUGCAUACGUAGCUCGGUCUUUAGAGGAACAUAUGCUUGUGGGUUAGGACAUGGCUUCAUGGUUGCAAGUUGUUCAAGUGGUCAUCUUUAUCUAAUGAAGUGAUUGUCAUUCAUCUUUAAGUGGCAGUCAGCAUCAUUUCUAUUGUCAAUUGAAUAUUCAAGACAUUUGGGCAUUUUUGUUGAAUAUUUCGUAAACAAUGUGUGCUCAGCUUUUGGUUGAUGGUUUAUUUGAGUUGGUAUGUUUGGUUGAAUAUCUAUGUGUUGUAAACAUUUUAUGAUGAUAAUGAUUUAUUUCAAUCUUGUCUUAUGUUGAA